CAUGUCUCAUAGCAGUUCUCUAUAUUUAGAUUCUAGAGUUUCUAGGUAGGCUUUUGUUUUUGUGUACAUCGUGUUUCACUAGCAAAAUGUCAGGAACUUGCUAUGCUCAAAUGAAUGGAGAUGGUGAUCAUGUAAAUGGUUUCAAAAGGCCGUUGACAAACCAAUGCAAAAACAAGGCAACCGUUGUUCUUGGUACACAAUGGGGUGAUGAGGGCAAAGGAAAAAUUAUUGAUCUUCUUGCUACUAAAGCUGAUAUUGUCUGCCGUGCACAAGGUGGAAACAACGCUGGGCAUACUGUUGUUGUGAACGACCAAAAAUACUAUUUUCAUCUACUGCCAAGUGGACUCAUAAAUCCGAAGUGCAAAGCAGUUAUUGGGAAUGGUUGUGUUGUUCAUGUUCCUUCAUUGUUCAAGGAAGUUGAGAGUAAUGAGGAGAAAGGUUUGACAUGGUGGAGAGAAAAUUUAAUUGUGUCCGAACGAGCACAUCUGGUUUUUGAUUUUCAUCAUGCUGUAGAUGGAAUGCAGGAAGCACAAAAAGGCACUAAGAAACUCGGAACAACAAAGAAAGGGAUUGGUCCAACAUAUUCCACGAAAGCUGCACGACAUGGAAUCAGAAUCGGUGAACUCAUGGGGAAUCGGGAAUAUUUUGCAGAGAAAUAUCGACAGCUGGCAAUGAUGUUUCAGAAACAAUUUCCUGACCUUGAAAUUGAUAUUGAAUCCGAAUUAUUACGGUACGAUGAGCUGAGAGAGAAAUUAAGGCCAUUGGUAAAAGAUGCAGUUCUUUUCAUGCAUGAAGUUACACAGUCUCAAGAAGAAAAAAAUAUUUUGGUGGAAGGAGCAAACGCAACAAUGCUCGAUAUUGAUUUUGGAACAUAUCCAUUCGUUACUUCAUCAAACUGCUCAGUUGGAGGGAUUUGUACAGGACUUGGCCUCCCUCCAUCUUCUAUUGGCAAUGUCGUUGGUGUUGUGAAAGCUUAUACUUCUCGUGUUGGUGCAGGACCAUUUCCUACUGAACAAUGUAACGAAAUAGGUGAUACUCUGCAGGAAGUUGGUAAAGAAUUUGGUGUAACGACAGGUAGACGUAGAAGAUGUGGAUGGCUCGACCUUGUCAUGGUUAAAUACGCUCAUGUCAUCAAUAAUUUGUCAAGUAUUGCCUUGACAAAGUUGGACAUCUUGGAUAAUUUUGAGGAAUUAAAGAUUGGUAUCGCGUACACACAUAAAGGAGAAAAACUACCACAGUUUCCAGCAACAUUAGAAGUACUUCGUGAUGUAGAGGUUGAAUACCUAACGCUACCAGGGUGGAAACAAAGCACUGUGAGUUGUAGGACAUUUGAAGAACUGCCAUAUAAUGCUCAAUGUUACGUGAACAAAAUUCAAGAGAUAUUACAAGUGCCAAUUCAGUGGAUCGGUGUUGGGCAAUCUAGAGAUUCAAUAAUUCAGGUUUAUUGAUAAUAGAGUUCUGCCGAUGGUGAAAACACUACCAAGAUACCAUUUACAACUGGUUUUAUGAUCUAUAACAUGAGAAAAAGUUUAGGCGAAUAAUAAUAGAUGCAUGAUUGAUCACAAGUACUAUGCGUAGCUAUAAGGUUAAUGAUGAUAUACCUCUGUGUCUCCCUGGUUUUGGAGUGACUGUUGCCACUAGCAACAAGAUAAAAUUUUUGUUUCUGUAUGGAAUUUAAAGAACAGAUUAAAAUGCGUUUUAGCAUUGCUUUUAUGAUCAAACCGCUAUGAACAUUUUCGCUUUGUAAUUCAUAUCUUGGAUUUUUCUGAAAAUUUGUAUAUAUACCGGUAGUGUUGUAUUUAACAUUGUAUAGAGUGUUGUCAAUAUUUGUGCUUACUAUCUUUCAAACAUUCGAUUUAAUUACCCCAGUUGCAUGUGAGAUUAAGGAAAGGGGUAUUUGCAAAGUGCAUCCUAAGGUUGGGUUCUGCAACACUCUUUUCUAUAAUAAUUCAAUUCUUACCAUGGUUUUUAAAAUUGUUCAUAUUGGACUGACAUCAAUUUCUAUCUCAUUGUAAUUUAUGAAUAACUUGACCAUCUGCCGGUUAUCGUGUGGCAGACCAUAGCACUGGAUUAUGUUAUUGUAUUAGAAAGUAAUGUGCUGUUUUGAAACAAAAACAAAUUUAUUAUUGUACUAUACUUUUCAGGUUUUACCUCAUAUUUUUUAACUUUGAUAUUGCAUUCUAAAAAUCAUUUUUGAAAAUAUAUUAAAACGAAUUCUCACAUUUGGGGAAUCGCUAAAUUGGAUCAAAUUUGUAAUAGGUGUCAUCAUUUUUGUUCAAUCACGCAAAGUUUUUGUAUGUUUUUUUCAUUGAUAUAGAAAAAUAAUGUCUGUUGAACUACCAUAUACACAAAAAUAAAAAUAAGCAACGAUAAUGUUGUAUAUCUACACAAAAUUUUCCCCUUGCCUUAGUUAUUUUUAGCCUUACUAGCCAAUUUUUAGUCAAUUGUUGUAUCGAUUUUCACUUUUGAAACCUGAAGAACAUCACUUGGCUGUUGUAAUUUUAAAGCAUAAUGGCUUUUAGCCUUUCUAAUGAGUGUUUGUCUUGGGGAGUGAAAACCUUUUCAAUUGUUAUUGACAGCUUUUGUGUCUGACUGGGGCAGUCAAAGACUGCUAAUGUUAUCUAUGAGGUCUUAUAUUACAUUUUCACGCCUAAUGUUAUUGUAUAUAUGGAAGCUCUUGGUGAUAUGUUGAAAGAAUAAUCCAGUCCAAAUUGAAAUGAUCACUUACAACCAUCACUCCCUGUGUCUGUCUUCAAGUUUAUAAAUAUUUUGGUUGAUGUAAAUGUUUUAAACGAGGAAUUCAGAACCUCCAUAUGGUUGUGUUUUUGACAUUCUACUUGUUGGUUUUCACACAGCUUUAAGCACCCCUUUAAACGUAAAUUUGAUGGUGGUUAAGUAAAAUAUAUCAUUUUAGGUUUCUAUGGCCAUAGUACUACUGAGAAUGCUUUUAGAGUAUCUGUAGGUUAGUAUUCAAUUGCGACGUUGAGCACUUUUUUCAAUAAAUUUUGAACUAUGUUG